AUGAGUACGUCAUCGCGCGGCUCACGUGACCAGAGUACCCCAGAUGAUCCAGCAGAUGGAGGGGGGUGCCGCUGCUGCCCCCGCCCCCAACCCUCUCUCCGAUCUCUCAUCCCCCUAACCCCUCCUGUGACUUCUGACCCCCCUCCCUCUCCGUACCCCCGGCCCUCUGCCAGCCCCUCCAUCAGCGAAGACCAGUUUGGGUGCCACUGUUGCUACGACGUCCUGGUCAACCCGACAACGUUGAACUGUGGUCACAGCUUCUGCCGCCACUGCCUGGCUCUCUGGUGGGAGUCGAGUAGGAAGACUGAGUGCCCCGAAUGCAGGGAGAAGUGGGAGGGCUUCCCCAAAGUCAACAUCCUGUUGAGAGAUGCAGUAGAGCGGUUGUUCUCAGAGGUGGUGGGUAGGAGGAGAGCAGAGAUCCAGGGGAACCCCAAGAUCUCCCAGAGCCUGCUGGCCUUUCAGAGGUAUGGUGAUCAGGCAGCCAGAGGAAUCCCCAAGACCAGUCCUGGUAGAGGAGCAGGAGGGUUCUUCUCUGGAGUUCUCACUGCACUCACCUGUGUCGCGGUGAUGUUUCUGGUGUACCACUGGUCCAGUGGAGAUGGAGUCCAUGACCUCUUGGUCAGUAAGCCUGUGUCAAAAUGGACGCCGGAGGAGGUUCUGUUCUGGUUGGAACACCUUGGGGCUUGGACCUCUGUCUAUAAAGAACCCUUCCUACAGGAGAACGUUAAUGGACGGUUAUUGUUGAUGCUCGGUGAUGAGGAGCUGACCAGAGCUCCCUAUAACAUAGACAACCAGGCCCACAGGAGAGCGAUGAUGGCUGAACUGGAGAGGAUCAAGGAACUGGGGGUCAAGCCACCUCAGAACCUCUGGGAGUACAAGGCUGUGAAUGCAGGUAAAUCUCUGUUCCUGCUCUAUGCUUUGAAGAGUUCUCCUCGCCUCACCAUCCUCUACCUCUACCUCUUCGACUACUCAGAAACCUUCCUCCCCUUCCUGCACACCUGCUGUCCCGCCCUCUCACGCACCAGCGAGCCAAUGGAGGACAGCAUCCCCCUCAACCACCAGGGGCACCCCAGCUGGCGCCAGUGGGCGGAGUUCCUAGUUAAGUACCUCCUCCUUCCGUACCAGCUGAUCGCUGAGUUUGCCUGGGAUUGGCUGUCGGUUCACUACUGGACGUCACGGUUCAUCAUCGUCAACGCCGUGCUGCUGUCUGUGCUGGAGGGCUGUGUCCUGUGGAGGUUCUAUAACCGAGCUGAGAUCAGGAGUCUCCCUCAGAAGAUGUGGGGUCACCUGUGGAGGAUGUCCUCCCAGGGUUUUGCCUUCGCCCUGUUCUGGCCGGUGGUCCCUCAGUUUGUGUGUAACUGUCUGUUCUACUGGGCUCUGUAUUUCAACCCCGUCAUCAACAUAGACCUGGUGGUGCAGCAGCUAAUGCACCCGGACACACGAGGGCCGUGAAGGACUGGCCGGCUCCCUACGUAGUGCACUACUUCUGACCAGAGUCCCUAUGGGGUAGUGCACUACUUCUGACCAGAGUCCCUAUGGGGUAGUGCACUACUUCUGACCAGAGUCCCUAUGGGGUAGUGCACUACUUCUGACCAG